AUUCUAUCUAGCUUGGGUUUGGAGCCUGGGUUUGCCCUGCCCGGCUGCCAGUCGGUUGGGAUCGUUCGUUCAGAUUUGCAGGGCCUAGCCAAGGGAACCUGCAUAAAUAAUAAGCAAGGGUGCGUUCGGUUCGGUCGCGAUAGAGCAUCAUGUGGUUUCGGUUGAUAUCUCGGGCCGCGAUCUUGGCGAUAAUUGACUAAAGUGAUUUGUCCAGGUGAUGUAUGCGGAUCGUAGUCCUUCGUAGCCGUUUCGCAGCGUGGGUGUCGAUUACUGGAACGAAUCGUGCGGCAAUUUGACGCUCUCCCGGCGGCGGGUACGGGAUUUAAAACGACUGCUGAGAACCCGUCACAACAGAGGCAGCAGCAGCGAUUCAAAGUGCAGUUUUAUGUUUAUCGGUGCAGCGCUGCAGCCGGUGUAGGUAGUGCGGCGGUACGAUUAACUUCGUCACGGUGGUCGUUCGUCGUGGUGCGCCUUGAGGCAAACCGUGGCAAAGUCAACGGGUUCGCGCGCGUUACAUAAUUUCGUAGUAGUACGGAAAAUUAUGACGACGACCGCGCCACGGUUUGGGUAGCUAAUAGAGCUCCGAAAAAGUUGUACGUGUGUUUGUCUGUUUGUCCGUGCUCGAGUAAGUUAACGUUGAGCCAAGUACAAGUGAGAGUCGAAACUCCGCCAAAACCAUGAAGCUCUGACUAAAAGAAUAGUAAAAGUGCAUUCAAAACAAAAACAAUCAAAAGUGAUAAUACUGACAAACUACAAUUCCACUCGAUCGAACAGAGAUUAAGUUGUAUUUCCAUCUUUAGCGCAUAAUCUUCGAGCGCAAUUAUGCAGGGCCGUACAAAAGCAAACUGAAAAUCAUCAAUAAGAGUCGAAGAAAUCACUAUAAAAUCAACCGGACAGUGCGCAGUGCAAAAGGGACACGUUCUUUCAUCUAAGCCGCCGCAAACCGUGUGUGAGCCUAAGCGGGCGGUCGGUGCCGGUGGCGGUGGUGUGUUGAUGUCGCCUGCCGUGCGAGCGACGCGACGUGGCGCUAUCCAGAUCUGUCGAUUCGAAACCAAUAAAUAGCAGUGAGUAAUUAAUUCCGCCGAAGGUGAUCCGGCCCAAAACUAGUAAACCAGCAGCAGCAGCUGAAGCAGGCUCCCUUCACGACCUGGAAACUUUGUGCUGUGUGCACACCGGAGUGGAGUGAGUGACGUCGUCAUCGUCGUCGUCGUCGUCCAGUUUCAAAGGUUCGCCAAGGCAAUUCAGUGUUUGUUUGUUUUUAUCAGUUUCUUCAGUAUCUGUAUAAAGCUACGUUAUUAUUGGAGCGAAGGGAAAUAUGGAUUACAACCGUGGUACGUCGAGCAGUUCGGGACGGUACGGUCAUCGGCAAUCGUCACUAGCUUUAACACCCGAGGAGGAACCUCUCGACACAUAUCCUAGAUUAAUAUCGGAUUUAAAAUUCCCCAACCUGUUGCCACCUAACCCACCGAUUAAGAUUUUAAUAGCAUUUUGCAAAAAUGAUCCCGUGUUCGAGGCGCUGGUCAGCGCCAGCCAUCGGCUCAACUUUGAACCGACCUUCGUCAAGUCGCCCGAAGCCGCCCUAGAGGCGUUCCAGAGUGUGACCAGCGGCGGUCAUCACAUCGUGGUCGUCGAUGCCCGGCAUCCGCGGAUCAUCGAAGCGGACGCCCUCGGAAGGUCUAUACGAAACUCGAAAGGAAGUCAACAUACGACAAUGGUUGCAGUAGUGAAGAAAAGUGUUUUCGAAAAGGACGACACGGCUGUGAUGUCAUUACUGGAUGUUGGUUUCAACCGGUGCAUAAUAGAGUCGCCACACGUAUCGAUCUGCUCGUCGGAACUGCGACAGAUUCAACACUCGCUGGUCCGGCCGCAGAAUGUGAUAUCAACACAGCAGGCUUUAUACACAGCUCUCCACCGUUCACGGGAUGCAAUAAUCAUCACUGAUGAUACGCUGCGAACUCAGUACGCCAAUCGAGCGAGUGAAAGAGUCCUGAACAUGAAACUGGACGAAAUCGUCGGCAGAUCUCUCAGCGAUAUGGUGACGGCCGAUAUUAGCAACAUUUUAUCUCAAACCAGUAGACAUAAGGACUACGAAGGGUUCAUCAGCACCCGGCGAAAAUCGCAGGAAACACUACAUCUCCACGUCCGCGCCGUACCUGUUUCAUGUAUAGGAAGAAGUCCCACCCAUUUGGUUUUAAUUCUGGAAUCACCUGCUGCCGGAACUACCCUAACGACACUGGCCAGCGACGCAUUGCACACGCUCCCGCAAGGAAAAGAGAUGGCUCGGGGAUCACUGCAUUCGAUUCGACGCGGUAGUUUCGACGUACGAUCCAUAGCUUCCGACGGUUUACGCCGUACCAGUUUGGCCAAAUUGUCUCAGCUUCCACUGGAGGCCCCCAUCACGAAGGUUUUAAGCUUGCUAACGCAGGUGCAGGAAAGUUGCUCCCAGGAGGAGGUCAAACUGCUGGAUCGAGUGAUGGAGUUUCUCAAACGGGAAGGACUCUACAGUCCGCAGAUGAAGGAAAUGCGCACCGAAGAUCCGGUAGCAACGGAUCUAAUAGGAGCGCUGCUGACGCAAGGACCCACCAACAUAAUUUCAUCACGAAGGAGUUCGAACGAUUCGAUCAUCCGAGGAGGUGGACGCCCGUCCACCGGCAGUAUCGUGUUCACCAAAACCCGAGAAUCUUCACAACUGUCCGAAUUGCUGAACAAUGCGCUGGCGUGGGACUUCGAGAUAUUUAAGCUGGAAGAUCUAACGGAGAAGCGACCGCUCGUUUGUUUAGGUCUUGAACUGUUUCGAAGAUUCGACGUCUACAACACCUUUUGCUGUGAUGAAAUGACCUUCAAGCUGUGGCUUAUCAAAAUGGAGGAGUAUUACAAGGCGGAGAAUACAUAUCACAACAGCACCCAUGCGGCGGAUGUGAUGCAGGCAACGGCAUGUUACCUGCAGCAGUUGGCCACCCGCGAGAUCAAGGUGAUGGACCGGAUGGACGAAGCAACGGCUCUUAUUGCGGCAGCAACCCAUGACAUUGAACAUCCCGGUCGCUCGUCGGCCUUCCUGUGUAACUCCGACCAUGAGCUUGCCCUACUGUACAACGAUAACUGUGUGCUAGAAUCACACCAUGCGGCAACGACCUUCAAGCUCACGCUUAACGAUGACAAGGUGAACAUCUUCAAGAACCUGGACCGCGAAAUGUACAAACUGGCCCGUCAAAUCAUCAUCGACAUGAUCCUGGCAACGGAGAUGACCCGACACUUCGAACAUCUGGCCAAGUUUGUCAGCGUGUUCGGAACGGAGGUCGACGGUAGGGAUUCGUCGCACGAAAACGACGAGAAUCAGGUGCUGGUGCGAAGGAUGCUAAUCAAAUGUGCCGACGUCAGCAACCCGACCCGGCCGUUGAAGUUCUGCGUCGAGUGGGCCCGCCGAAUAGCGGAGGAAUAUUUCACCCAGACGGACGAGGAGAAGCGACGCAAUUUGCCUAUUGUGAUGCCCAUGUUCGACCGGACGACCUGCAGCAUCUCAAAGAGUCAAAUUGGUUUUAUCGAAUACAUUAUUCACGAUAUGAUGGAUGCAUGGAACAGUUUCAUUGAAAUGCCCGAAAUCAUUCGCUACAUGGAGCACAACUACUCGAAGUGGAAACUGUUCGAAGAGCAGGGCAUCAACACGCUGCACGACAUCAAGCGGAUGCAGCUGACGCUCAACAGCGAGACGGCCGGUUCGUCCUCGGUGGAAGAGCUCCCCUAGGGGCAGAAUGUUCGGCGAGUCCGGUUUUCGGUUUGUCCAAUCAAAGCAGCCAUACAUGCAUAAACAACCACAAACACACACACACACAUAUAUAUUUGAUAGAUAGGCAUUUUGUCGGUAUCGCAGUGCGACCAAUGUUUUUAGUCUCAUUUUACUUCUCAUUAUUGUUGCACGCCUGGUGGAUACUAGGUUUUAGCAAAUUCUAUUUAAAGAAAAAAGAACGGAAUGUUUUAGAGUUUCACUUUGUUAUGAGCUUUUUCUGAUAUUGGGUAGUGAAGUGGUCAUGUUUUGAAUCGUUUUGUUAUGUAAAUUGGAAGUCCUGUUGCGAGAAACGCUUGAUAAUAUAAUUGUAAUGUUUCGUAGUUUAGAUAAAAACACCCAACCAUAUUAUACUUGGUUUAUCGUAGCAUUAGUAGUAACAAAGGUUUAACCAAAAUUUACUAUAUGUGCACUAAAUAUCAGGGUUUUCGCAAAUGGAAUUGAAAGUUUGGUACAAAAGAGAUAAUUUUUCGAAGGGAUUUCCGAAUAUUUAUCGAUGCAACAUUUUUAGAAAGCAAUAAGGAAUAUCAAACAAGCAGCCAAUCAACACCCUUAGUACUAGAGAGGCAAUAUGCUAGACGAACUCUGUGUAAAAUCAACCGAACUAAAUUAUUCGCUGCAGCGUCUAUAGUUUCUUAGGGAUCGCGAAAAUCCAUCGAAUUUGAUGUGGGGAAUAAUACUCCCCAAAGCCAAUGGUCAGAAGAUGGAACGAUAUUAACAGAAAUGAAGGCAGCGAGUCCAAUUCGUCCAGGAGGAGAAAUACAAAGAACUCGAGCAGUUGUACCGUUCACACGAAAUGCCAAAAUCGCAACGGGUUUGUGCCGCAAGAAUGGUGGUAUUUUGACAUACGGCUAUAGACGAGGGAAGUAGUACUUCGAUGAACACUUGAAUAGCGUACAGGUUGAAAACCAAGGUAGCGAGUUCAUUGGUGCAGCAAGUAAUGGAUAAGUGCCACCCCCAAUGAUAGGUGAAGUUAAAGAAGUUAGUUAGACACUAAAAAAUUUGAGUGAUUGAAAUUUCGGAUACGGGAUGACUACUGGAGGAUGGGGUUUUCAGCUCCAUCUGCAAAAAAGCGACAGGCUGGACUACUGGUCCAUGUCCGCCAAUGCGACAGAACAAAGGCAUGAAAUCAGAGCUUUCCACUGUCGAUGGCUACCCGUCAUGGCUUUCACCUGUCUCCGAUUGUUGUCUAAGCUGCGUUGCCGUGAGCCUCUGGGUCUAUCUUUUCUUCGUUUUCCUUGUGAAUUCCAAACGAGUGCUUCUCUGCCGAUUUAAGAUAAUCUUAGAUUUGGUCUACUGUCAAUUGCUCCAACUAGUAUCUCAUUCAUUACGAUGAAAAACAGCAGUUGGUACUCGUACGCCUCGCACUAAGCCUCGAUGAGAUGGACUAGCUUAUCUGGAACUUCUCUACUAAGAAGUGCGCCCCAGAUGUUUUCGUGGCUGAGUCGGUCAAACGCUUUUUCAAAUGCAACGAACACCAGCAGAAGAAAGUCCUGGAAUGUGUUGAUCUGCUCCAAAUGCGAAACGUUGUGAUAUGGCCGCAAAGAGCUACAGUUGGAUCUCAUUUUUAGGGACAUUGACCAAUAUGCCCUGCAUACAAGCUGGAUUGUGAGAAUUAAAUUCACUUUACCUUUUCUGUGACGAUUCGAGUGCCGAAUCCCCGAACCCAUUUUCACGAUGGGCUUCCGUUCUCCAAUCGCUUCUAACACCCCCAGGUCUAAUAUCAUUGUCAACAACGCAGAUCCAACGGGUCUGCCUCGAAGUCAUCGGCCUCUGAAGGGUUCCCUGCAGUGACCUACCCUGUUUAAGUCGUUUCACAAUAACCAUAUCUUAAUCCGAAUUCUGAAUAGAUCGCAGUAUUUUACGCUCAAAAACGCCAAGAGCUCCGACCGCUUGAGUUACAAAGUCAGGAUUAUUUGCGUUCCACCAUAAAGACUUUUUACAGUAAAUUUUAUGGAGAAGGCGGAAAAUGUAAACUUAAAUUUGACUUGACAUUGGAUUAGAAUUUAGAUUUGAGUGUGUAUUCGAACUUCUAGUUGGGCUUUAUAAUUUAUAAUUGGACUGAGAAUGGAACUGAAAUUUGGACUUCAAACUAGACUUGAAAAUAGCCAUAAAAUUGUACUAUGAAAUUGGAAUUAAAGUAAACGAGAAAUUGAACUUGAAUUGGUCUUUCUAAGACUUGACCCUUCUUUAUUGACAGAACUCGCAGUCGGCUGUUAGAGUACCGGACAAACACGGGACUAGUGCAAUAAUCCUACUAACUCUAUCUAGCAGUACCGCCCAGUCGAGAUCCGAACAUUCGAGAACUAGCUUGUUAGACCAGCGUCAUAUCUCGAAGCUACCUGGGCAGUUAGGGCUUAGAAUAAGACAUAAUUUAAAUUGGGCUUGAAAUUGCACCUGAAAUCAGACUUGAUAUUGAAAUUGAAUUAAACUUGAAGUUGGACUUGUUUUUAAAAAUGAAAUUGGACUUCAAUUUGUACUUAAAAUUGAAUUUUGAAAUCCUACUUUAAAUUGAUGAAAUUGGAAUUAAAUAACGGGUGACAACUAAAAUUUUGGAAUUUUUUUCUCAAGCUGUCAAAAUAAACAAAGAUAUUAAAGAUAACAUUAAAGAUAACAUUAAAGAUACAUUAUCCAUUUUUGAAAAAAACUCAUACAUUUGAAAACGGUCCGUAGUCGGCUGUUCGGCGAAGCUUUCGUUUGACGUCGAAACAGGAGCGUUGUACGGCCGCUAUGUCAACUUUGCGAAUGCAUCUCUUGAUUCUACCAAUCAACUGUUUGCAAUUCGUAGCUCUCCAGUUAUUUUUGUACACGAAGGAACUCAAAAUCUCGAAGAAAUCUUCGAUUGGGCGCACUGAGACAGAUUUUACGGGACGUGGUUUUUCGGUAAAAAUUGGAUCGAAUGGGUAUUAAGUAACGAUUGUGUUUUUUGGCGUACUGCGCUGAUGCUCUAUCCGGCCAAAACACGUAUUGUCCAUCUGCAUCAUGGUUUUGUAGAAACGGGAUCAAAUUUUUUCAAACAUUCUGGUGCAUCUUAAUUGAUAGCCAAACCAGAGGGCUUGUUGUUGAAGAAACGAGAAAGAGAACGAUGUCCUUCUGCGUCCAUAAUUUUGGCUGGUCUUCCACUACCUUGCUUGCGAAUAGUUGUCGGGCAUCUUAGGAUAUGGUAAACAGUCGAAGCCACAACAUAUUCGCUUUUUAAAUGUUGUACCGUAAACUUUUUCCCGAGAUUUCGGUGGAAAUGCGUAGAAGUGUACAACGCGCUUGCAGAAUGCUUCUUGUUUUGACGCCAUUUUAAGCAAAACUUGGCCAGCAUAAACAAAACAAAAAAUACUGACAGAAAGAGGAGAGAAAAAACUAACACAUUCACAUUCUCAUUUCUCCUUGAGCUCGUUUGUUGUUGAGUAUAGGGACCUCGAAAAAAUUCCAAAAUUUUAGUUGUCACCCGUUAUGCCUUGAAAUCCGACUUAAAAUGGGACAUUGAAUUUGAUUUGAAAUGGAGUUAGAUAGUGCGUUUUAAAUCAGGUUUGAAAUUCGAUUUGAAAAUCGGAGUUGAAAAUAGAAUUACAGUGGACCCCCGUUCGUUUGAACGAUUCCUCAUGCAAACUAACGGGGUUAGUUUUUAAUUUGAACAGCUGGCAACUCUGCAUAUGCUGGAACUUGUGUGAUCUGGUCGCCCUACUCUUUGUUAUUGUUUUGGUGGUUUGAUUCAGUUGGAAGUUGGAAGCAGCGAAUAUUUCAUUCUCCAAUCGGAUUUCUAUCAUAAUCGUUGGGAAAACGCAAUGUGAAACAGAUUAAACACGCUAGAUCAGGACAAACAAAUCGCGUUUAUGCGCAUUGUCUGCAUAAGCAAAUGAUGUCAUGUUGAGAAUGAUAUUUGAACCAUUUUUAAUUUGCACGUUGUGCAAACCAACGGGGUGCAAAUUAAAAAGUGUUCAGAUUAAAAGUGGUCAAACGAACGGGGGUCCACGGUACAAUGAAAUUAAAUUAGAUUUUAAUUCGAACUUUAAAUGGGACUUGAGAUCAGAAACUGGAAUUAAAUUAGACUCCAUGGGAUAUUUAAUUGAGCCCGGAAUCGGACUUGAAAUCGAAAUUAAAUUUGGCAUCAAAAUACAUUUAAAAUAAGACACUAAGUUGAACUUGAAAUUUUAUUUCAAUGAAAUUUGAAAUUGGACUUAAAUUUGGAUCAAAAUUCUUUAUUUGGUUUUCCUUCAAUUGAAUUAGAAAUUGGACUUAAAAUUGUUCUUGUGGUUGGAUGAAAUUGGAAUACAUUGAAAACGCUUUUUACGCGUUUUUUAAUCCACUAUUUUAAAGCUAAUUCUGUCAUUCAUGCGUUGCUAUUGUGCUAUAAACGCCCGUUUUUAUGCGUAGUUUUGCAUUUCGCGUAGUUUUUGACGCGAAUUUAAGGAGUAACGUGGCUUUCGAUGGGAAUUUCGGAAUUCACGUGUUUUUUACGCGAAUUUCGAAAAUCUCGCCGUUUUACUUGCGAAUCUUGACAUUUUUAUGCUGACUUUCAGAAUUUGCUUGAU